CAACUCAUCUGCUUGAGGACAUUCUGUUGUAAUGUAUCCAGUGGCUGUUCCUGCACCUGGAGGUGAAGGAAAUAAUGGACAACAUGGGAAACUUAUUUUUUUCCUUUUUGUUUUUGGAGCUGUGUUGCUCUGCGCUGGAUUCCUGCUUUCAGUCUUUAUUCUCCAGUCGUGCCCAUCUGGAACCUUCAGUGACUGUAACGAGGUCCUUAAGGCUGCUGGGCCUGUGCUGGCUGUGACUGGACUGGUUUGUGUUUUACUGGCACGAUCAAGGGCCAGGCUGUAUAUAAGACAAAGACAAUUGCAAAAUGAGCAGGUGUACAGCCUUGUUUUUUGUCGUGGGAGCUGUCAGUUUGCCCAGUUUCUCAUAUUUGGAUUCCUGUUUUUAACUAGUGGAAUGCUAAUUAGCAUCCUGGGCAUUUGGGUUCCUGGCUGCAGCCCCAGCUGGCACAGCAUACAGCUCAACCACACCGGCAGUUCUGAUGUGGACCUCCAGGGCUGUGGAUUCCUGUCACUUCAAAUCAUGGGACCUUUGAUUGUGCUCACUGGGUUGUGUUUCUUCGUGAUAGCUCAUGUUAAAAAGAAACAAAACUUAAAUCUCAACCAAGAAUCUUGCGAAAGUGAAGAACAUCCUCAGAGCCCUGAAUCUUUUCAGGUUACAGUAGGUGAUGCUGUAAUGGUAUUCCCACCUCCACCACCUCCUUAUUUUGCUGACCCUCUGUCACCAACCAUGACACAUUGUCUUAUGUCAAGUGGUUUGCCUACAAGUGAAAAUCCUCCACCAUACCACUCUAUCUUCAGCGAUGGAGCACAGCUUGCAGAUGGUGAAAGAACAGUCGCUGUUAGAGACUAUGAAACCAUAUAUACAAUUUCUGGAAGCAGCUCACCUUCAGAUAUUUUACCGAUGCUAUACCUCUCCUCUGAAUCACCUCCAAAAUAUGAAGAAAAAGCAUCAAUAACAAAUAAUGAAUAUUCUCCAUCUUCUUCAUCUUCUUCAUCUAUUUCCUUAGCCACAUCUGACAUCAGCUCAUAGAGGACUGUCAGACUUCAUUUUUAAAUUAAAUUGUACACUCAGAUUUACAAUUUUUGAAUUUAUUUACAUUUUGUAAUAAAAGCAAUAAUGUUG